AUGAAUUCUAACACUGGUGAACAUCCAGUAAUUAAUGUGAACAGUUAUACAUUACCAGACGUUUGUAUUGUAACUAGUGAAAAUCAACCCCUUUUACUUCCGUCAACACCAACAACUCCAAAUAUGGAAUUGACAGAUAAUCCUCAUUUACCACCAUGGAAUACAAAUAUAACAGAUGAUGCAGAAUAUGCUGAUGUUAUUAGACAAGCUGAAAGAGCUAUUGAAGGUGGAAUAUUACCAGUACGAAUAGCAGCCGGUUCAUCUGGUUCAUAUUUUGUUCGUAAUCUUGAAGGAAAAACAAUUGGAGUAUUUAAACCAAAAGAUGAAGAACCUUAUGGUCGAUUUAAUCCAAAAUGGACUAAAUGGUUGCAUAAAACUCUUUGUCCAUGUUGUUUUGGUCGUGGCUGUCUUGUACCUAAUCAAGGCUAUCUUUCUGAAGCUGGUGCUAGUAUUAUUGAUACAAAACUUCGCCUUAAUAUCGUACCGAAAACACGAGUUGUUCGUUUAGCUGCUGAUUCGUUUAAUUAUCCAGCAUAUCUACGUCAUUUGAUAACAGCUAAACGUGAAAUAAAUGAAAGUGUUGGUCGACAUAUGCAUGGCAGACGAGUCUUUCAACCAAAAGGAUUACAGCCUAAAAUUGGAUCAUUUCAAUUAUUUGUUGAAAAUUAUGUUGAUGCGGAUGUUUUUCUUAAGCAAUUAGAACAUGAUCCAUUAUUACAAAAUGUGUCUGUUCAAUUUCAACGACAAUUUGAAAGACUUGUUGUAUUAGAUUAUAUUAUUCGUAAUACUGACCGCAAUAAUGGCAAUUGGUUGGCUAAACACGAAGUCAGAAAAGACAACGAACGUGAUAUGAAUGAAAGUGAUGGUGAAGGCGAUCAUAUAAAUAAUGUUCCAACAACGAUUACUACAGAUGAAACAACAAGUGCACAAACAACAGUUGACAUUCGUAUAGCAGCUAUUGAUAAUGGCCUUGCUUUUCCUUUUAAACAUCCAGAUGAAUGGCGUACAUAUCCAUUCCAUUGGGCUUGGUUACCACAAGCUAAAACUCCAUUUUCUGAUGAAAUUAAAUCUCUUGUAUUACCAUUAUUAUCUGAUAUGAACUUUGUUCAACAUGAAUUGUGUGAUGAAAUUCAACGUUUAUUUUCUCAAGAUAAAAAUUACGAUCGUCGUUUAGUUGAACGACAAUUAUCUGUGAUGCGCGGACAAAUUUUAAAUUUAGCCCAAGCUAUGCGUGACGGUAAAUCACCAUUUCAAUUAGUUCAAAUGCCUGGUGUUAUUGUUGAACGACUUACUGGUGGUGCUCAUGGUACUGCAUCAGGACCUAAACAAUUUAAACAAAAAUUUAAUGAUCGUUAUCCACUCUUUUCUUGGUUUUAA